AAAAAACGGAGGGAGUAGUAAACAUCGAGAGAAAGGAACUAGUAUUUAUUCUCUCAUUUUUAUUUUCUUUUAAAAAACAAUGUUGACUGAAGCAAAGAAGACUAAUAAAUCUAAAUUUCGGUGAAAAAAACUAACAAAUUUCAAUAUUUUUUCCUAUUCACAGCCACAAUAAUAUCUGUGAACAUUUAAGUUUUUCUUCUCUUACAAAUUCUUCAUUAAUUUGGGAUCAAUUACUAUAAGGAAAAUAACAUCUCAUAUAUCCGAACGUUUGUUGUCCCUUACGAAUAUUCUAAGACAUUGCCUAAAACGAGUUUUAAACCAUGAGUUUGAAAAUUUCGAACCGACAGUAAAAAUAAAUCACACACCAAACAGUUUAUUUUAAAUGAAAGCAGAACCAACUAUUGUUUGCUAAAAGAAGUAAAAAAAAAGGUCGGAGGAGAAAAUAGAUAGGGAAAAGAAGAAGUCAAAGAGAAAGCAACGACGUCGUAGUCCUUGUCAGAAGAAUAUACCCACAUGUUUGAAAAGAAUUUGUCAACACAAAAACAGAAAAUGAUUUACGUAUAAGUAGCCGUUCCCGACGCUGCCUCUGAUUUCAUUUCUCACAAAUCAUUCAUCUUCCUCUUUGUCUCAACAAGUUUCUUCAAUAAGACAACAAUUACUCUUCUCUUAGGUUUUCUCUAAGACCAUCCUACAAGUGUAUUAUUUGUCAACGAGAAAGUCAGCAAAAGAAAGUUUUAAUAAAAAGAGAGCAAUGGCAGGAGAUCAACUACACGUCCUAAACGCACUCGACGUCGCCAAAACGCAAUGGUACCAUUUCACCGCGAUUAUCAUCGCCGGAAUGGGAUUCUUCACCGACGCAUACGACCUUUUCUGCAUCUCCCUCGUCACUAAGCUUCUUGGCCGCAUUUACUACCACGUGGACGGCGCAGAGAAGCCAGGAAACCUACCUCCAAACGUCUCAGCCGCGGUCAACGGCGUUGCGUUUGUUGGUACACUCACGGGCCAGCUCUUCUUUGGCUGGCUCGGUGACAAACUCGGGAGAAAAAAAGUUUACGGCAUGACUCUAGCGGUCAUGGUCGUAUGCUCUGUCGCCUCAGGUCUCUCCUUUGGGAGCACACCAAAAGGAGUGAUGAGCUCUCUCUGUUUCUUCCGGUUCUGGUUAGGUUUUGGCAUCGGCGGGGACUAUCCGUUGUCCGCGACCAUUAUGUCUGAGUACGCUAAUAAAAAGACACGUGGCGCGUUUAUAGCCGCGGUUUUCGCCAUGCAAGGGUUCGGAAUCUUGACCGGGGGGAUCUUUGCGAUCAUCGUGUCUGCGGUUUUCGACGCUGAGUUUCCCGCUCCGGCUUAUAAAGUGGAUGCCUUGGCGUCCACGGUACCUCAGGCUGAUUACGUGUGGAGGAUUAUACUAAUGGUCGGUGCUGUGCCUGCUGGGAUGACGUAUUACUCAAGGUCCAAGAUGCCAGAGACGGCGCGGUACACUGCACUCGUGGCCAAGGACGCGGAGCUAGCGGCUUCGAACAUGUCUAAGGUAUUGCAAGUGGAGAUAGAAGCAGAGCAUGAUAGAGUAGAAGAGAUUGCUAGAGAUAGGUCCAAAUCGUUUGGCUUGUUCUCCAAGGAAUUCAUGAAACGUCAUGGUCUUCACUUGCUUGGAACCUCAAGCACAUGGUUCUUGCUAGACAUCGCCUUCUACAGUCAGAAUCUUUUUCAGAAAGAUAUCUUCAGCGCCAUUGGAUGGAUCCCACCGGCUCAGACCAUGAACGCAAUCCGAGAGGUUUUCAUGAUCGCGCGUGCACAAACCCUAAUCGCCUUGUGCAGCACGGUACCUGGUUACUGGUUCACAGUUGCAUUUAUCGACAUCAUGGGUAGAUUUGCGAUACAAAUGAUGGGGUUCUUCUUCAUGACUGUCUUUAUGUUCGCUCUAGCCAUUCCUUACGACCAUUGGACUCACAAGGAGAACAGAAUCGGGUUCGUGGUUAUGUACUCCUUAACGUUCUUCUUCGCAAACUUUGGACCUAAUGCUACAACUUUUGUGGUGCCUGCUGAGAUCUUCCCGGCUAGGUUUAGAUCAACUUGCCAUGGAAUCUCCGCGGCUUCUGGAAAGUUGGGAGCCAUGGUCGGUGCGUUUGGAUUCUUGUACUUGGCACAGAGUCCUGACAAGAACAAGACAGAACAUGGAUAUCCUCCAGGGAUUGGUGUCAAGAACUCGCUCAUUGUUUUGGGUGUGGUUAAUCUUUUGGGGAUGGUGUUUACAUUGUUGGUUCCUGAAUCUAAAGGCAGGUCUUUGGAGGAAAUGUGUGGUGAGAACGAUGACAAUGAUGAAGGCAGCAGUUUCAGAAACAACCACUAAAACAGCACGGUAUCAACUGCAUAGAGGUUCUUAAAGAUUCGUAUUACUUAUUACUUGUAUUUUUGUUCACUAUAUAUCUUCAAAUUUCUUGACACUAGAAGCUCAAGUUAUUCUUUAUAUCCACUUUUUAUUGAUUGAUUUAAAAUGGUAUAGGAUCUGAUUCUUUUACACAUCUUUUCAGUUUGUUUUUUGGAACUUUUUUAGAACUUUUUUCUUUGUAUAAUCCAUUGUAACAAAUGAAAUAAAGGGAAUAGAAAGCUUUUAUGAUGGAACUGUGUUUUUCAGUUUUCUUUGUCACCACUGAACUAAAUAAGAAAAGGAUUUUAGAAUCAAAUAUCAAGCAGUAACACUAAGCAAAACAGUGGUUGUAAACUUGAUUGAACUUAACUUGAUUGAACUGAUUAGAAAGUUAAGCCAUUAAAAAAAAAGUAAAGCCAUAAAGAAUAGCAACUGGUCCACUGCUCAUAGUUACAAGGCUGCUUUGUCUCUUGUGUUCUUGGGACAAAAAAAAUUCAUGUGUUAAAAGUUACAGUAUAUACACUGAUGAGUUGAAUCUUCUUGCAAAGAAUUUGAGCAUGGCAAAACUUAACGUUUUGACCCGUUCUGCAUAAAUGGGCAAAACCAAAACUGCAUUGUCUUGCUUAUUCAACCAUUUUUUGUUCAAUCUGCAACCACAAGAGGAGAUGAUUCACGGUGCUAUGUACAGUGUGACUCUAUGAAAGAUGUUUUUUGUACUUUUUUGAAGGUAUCAAUGAAAAGCAAGAGUAGAAAAGAGAGCUUUGUAAAAGACAAUUAAUAAUAAGAAUCUUCUUAUACUCUAUACAUAUCUUUUGUUUAAAUGGUGAGUGAGUACAAUACAUAGGAGCACCACUAGACACAAUACAAUUCAACAUCACCAACAAUACACCAAUAAUCUGGAUCUUGGUUUAUGUAAAAAUAAUGAACUUAUGCGUAUAACUCGGACAUAGAGGCAGCUUCGUGUUCAGAGACCAGCUGAAACCAAACCAUGCAAUGUAAUAAUUCCAAUCAACAUACUGUCUUCAUCGACCACUGGUAGAAACUGUACAGGUGAUGUAGGUGACUCCAUUUUCUUCAUAGCCUCAACUGCCAUUGUCUCUGGUCCAAUUGUCCUCGGCUUCCUGUUUAUAGAUCCAAUGCUUAUAGGAUCUAAAGCAGAGUUUUUUUCUCACGUGUUGUACAUUUCUCCAACACUGAGUUUGAAGAUAGCUUCUCCACUUGCUUUAAGAGUCCGGCGAAUAUCUCCAUCAGUGAAUGUACCCAUCAAGCGAUGAUCAUGAAACAACCACAAGAAAGCACCCACAUCCUUUGCUGGUUAGCUCCACCAACUGAUCCAUUAUCAAGUCACCUUCUUUACAAACCGGAAGCUCUUCUCUCUUCUUCAUAACAUCCUUGACCUGUUAUAUAUAACAAAUUUUUUUAAACAUGCAUGUGAAACUAUUUAAAAAUGCAUGUGAAAUUUUUAAUACAUAAUCUGUUUACUAAAUGUAUUUGAAACUUAUCAUAUUUUAUAUAUAACUAGUUUUUUUAUAAGAAAGAAAAAAAUAGAAGGUUUUUCCUAAACAUGCAUGUGAAAUUUAAAUUAGAAAUGAUGCAAACUAUAAAUUCAGUGACCUCAGUUUUCUCUUAUUUUUAGUAUAACUUUGUGAAACAAACAAAAGAAUAGUAUUAUUAAUUUUGCAAAUGGUUGAAGUAAUUUGAAGAAGGUGAUUGAUCUUGUACAUGAUCGAUUUGUUUUACCGUAGGUCCGCAACAGCGAGGUUGUAGCUUUUAUAUACAGCUAACACCAUCUUGAUUAUUUGUCAUAUUUUGAACACAUUAUGGAACACAUUAUCAGCUGUGAACUAAUAGAAUUAAGAAGAGGUUACUUCAGCUGAUCUUAAUAAUACACAUGAAAUUCUAUGUGUACUGAAUAGUGGAUCAAACGGAUAGUCAUUUGUACGGUGAGAUUAGACUAAAUAUGAACAAUCUUAAAUCAGAUGUUGGAAGUUCGAAACAAGUCUCCAUUAGGACCACCAAAUCACAUGAAAUGUGUUCUGAAGAAAAACAAAACAUUUUUAAUCUGUAUAUAAUAUAGAGUUUAUGGAUUAAAAUACUAGUAAUAAACAUGUACUAGAUAGAAUUAUAGGUACACAAACAAAGUUUUGAACCAGCCUCCCAAACAACAUAUUCUACAAAUCUACUGAAUCUUGGGUGGUCUUGAUAAUCUACCGUAUGAU